GCUGCCUUCCAAGUGGUUGGAGGAAUGGAAACACAGGAUGUACCCUCUUCUUGGAACGUUAUAGAAAAGAUCCAGUUGUGUUGGCUUAAAUUUAUGAUUCUUUGAUCCUAGUGGGAUGCCUGAGGGCAGAUAAUGGGAAUAAAUGUAGCUGGAACCUCCUGGUGGGACUUUGUCAGAAGGAGGCUCAAGUAUGUUUCGAAUGUUUCUGCUGGGUAUAUCCAUAAUUCUCCUCCUGGACUCAGGUGAAAGGGCGCUGACAAUCCAAUUGAUCAGACGUUGCAACCUAUGUGAACACUUUGACGGGUUCAAAUGCCUGAGUGGCAUGAAAAGUUGCUGGAAGUUUGACGUGUUUCCAGUUAACAGGAGUUGUACCACAGAAAACUUUUAUUUUAAUAACCGUUUGACAGGGCUAUACCUCUUUCGAUAUUCAAACUCGUCCUAACCUUGUGGACAAGGAAUGUUUCAGGUAUUCCAUGACCUUCUGAGAGAAACCUUUUGCUGUAACCAAAAGAACUUCUGUAAUGAUGGCCUAGCUACCUUAGAGACCUCAUCGCUAUAUUUUGAGGAUAUAAGGGAGAAAGAAAGAGUUGAAUGA